AUGACGCAAAAGAUCGAUCCGAGCGGCGCCUUGCCGCCAGAGACUUUCUCCUACCUCCUCAGCUUCCUCGAACCACCGGCACUAGCACGCUGUUUGCAAGUCAGCAGCGCAUGGAACGCGAUUUGCACCGAUGAAGCGCUUUGGAGGGAUCAAGCCAUCCGACUCGGAUACUGUCAGUCCGAGCGCCAAGCUGAGGAGCGAUCCAGCGGUAUCCGGGUCGUCGCUACCGUGCUGCAAAAGUACGAGGCUUCCGUCGGUCAAGCCGAGGCAGAGUAUCUGCUGCAAGCCACCAUACAGCGAUACCGGUCCAGAAACACCACAUCCUACUUUGACGAUUGCCACACAUGGCGCUCGCUCUGCUGCCUGCUGUGGCGCCUCGAUUGCAAUUGGUCGGCGAAGGAUACGACGGGUCUCGAGAGGACACGAGCCGCCUCGCCGUCGCCAAAUGCUGACGACACCGAAGCGGAAAGAUCAGAGUCCGAGACCGCCUCAUCGGACCGAGAAGAGCAGCCAGGAUCGAGUGAAUCUGACACAAAGCCAUAUCUGCUACCCCGCCGCCGCGUUCUACAUGAAAAGAUGUGCGGAACCGGCGUCUGGAGAUGCAAGAUCGACCCGGAAGAACGCACCUACAUCGUCACGGGUCAACACGGCGGCAUCCAAGUCUUUGACCAUACCACCGAGACUCUGCUCUGGCAUAUCGCCCGAACGGCCACGAGGGCCAAUCCGCAUCUCGAGUUUUCGCGCGGCUGGAUGAUCUUUGACCGUCCCGGCAUCGGUCACUUCGAAGUGUGGCGUCGCGAAAGCCUGGUGCCAGACCUCGGACGCCCACCUGACCGCGGGCAUUACCAGCGCUUCGCGGUCCUCAGCUCGACCCGGCCGAUCCGAGCGUAUCGCUUUCAGUUCCCCUACCUCUGCGCUGCGAGCCAGGAUGGCUUCAUCCUCAUCUGGGACGUGCCGCAACAGGAACUCGUCGAGACGAUCGACUUUCGAGACUCGCCGCAUCGCGGAGGUAACAUCAACUAUAUCGAUUUCGACGACGAGUUUGUCUUUCUCAACGGUCUUGGAGCGAAGUCGGUCUCGGUUUUCUCGCGCCGCACUAAACGUCUCGUAUGGAACAUGGGCCAGCACUUUGCGGCCGGCCAACCACCGCCCACAACAUGGCGCCUUGAGCCGCUCGACAAGUCUGCAUUCCCCGAGAACGCCUUCGUCCGGCAGCAGCUAGUCAGAGCACCACCAAAUCUCUGGCAGGCAGGGCCCAACAGCAUGAACUGGGCACAGCUCACCAUGACACCUUACCAGAUCUGGUCGGCGGUUCACCCGGAUCUCAAGACAAAAACACUCCUCGUGCUGGGACAAGGAACGGUGCUGCUCAUCCGUGACUACAAGAAGUUCUUCAACAAUCCCACCAAGCCACCGGGGCUCUUUGUCGAGAUCGAGUUUCAGAAUCUCGAAGAGUACUACCGGCAGUACAUUGUCGGCGGUGUCGACGAAGAGGUGUCGGAUCUGGGCUGGAACAAUCCGCGCAUGUGGGAGACGCUCGGCGAUGCGCAGCUGACGGUGCACGAGGGCAGAGCUGUGGUGGUCAACGACCGCGCGCUGAUCCUCGAUCUGUGCUCCGAGACAUUCGCGCAAGAGGACAGCGUCGAGAACACCGCUGCUCAGAAUCAGACGCAGAUGCAGAUGGAAGAAUCUUCGUCGUCUGAGCCAGCAGAGCAGCCUCACGACAACGACGGCGACACAGAUAGCACCGACACAAGUGCAGUCCAUGCUGAGCCGGUACCUCCUCCAAUCACGGUCUACUGCGAGUUGAAUCGCUCACCACGAGACUCGUACCGACAGUGCAGCAGUCUGCAGAUGGACGAGGUCGGAGUCUACCUCACCGCCGACCGAGAUGCCUUUGGCGAGAUGUACUGGGGUGGAGUCUUUGAUACUCUGAGCGAUGGCAAGCGGCAGCUUCUGCACCUUGACUCCUCAGCGCGAGCAGGAGAGGGAACCGAGGGAUAUCGUACGCCGGAAGAUGUGCCCCGCGAAAUGUAA